UGUCCAUUUGUCAUCUGAUUAUACAAGCAUUUUAAGUGGUUCUGUAGUACCUAGAACAGGGGUCCCAACUCUGGUCCUGGAGAGCUACUGUCCAGUAGGAUUUCUACCUGGCUUCUGAUGAGCCACACCUGUUCUCAGGUAAAUACCAGGAACACAUGUGGCUCAUUGGAAGCCAAGUGGGACAGAGAACCUACUGAAUAGUAGCUCUCCAGGACAGGAGUUGGAGACCCCUGACCAUUGAAGUAUGUCUGGUGUUUGUAUGGGAGAAAUUGUCCUGACUUUUACAGCACUGUUUAGCACAGUAAUAUAAAUUUUACGACCGCAUUUCAACUUCGUGGCUUUGUGCAUAAGGUUUGUACACAACUCCCCCAAAUUGAGUUUCACGCUUAUCGCUGUGAAAAUGAACUGUUAAACUGCGAAGUCGCAUUGCGAAACUCGGAAGCCUUGGUUUAAAAUAUAUAUAAUGGCCAGCCUGCUACUGGUGACCGGAAGCGGCCGUUCGAUGACGUAAAUAUGCUGCGACGCAGUUCUCAGACACCUGACAGGUUUAGUUUUAUUGUCUUUGGUUGCGUUUCCGAGUGUAAUUGCGAAACAUGUACAAAACCUAAUAAAUACUGUACACUUGUAUCAGAGUAUCCGCAGUAAUGGUCUUCCAAGCUUUGGCAGGUCAUCGGGCUGCGAGUUUUAACGAGGCGGAAAUUAGCUGUCUUCCGUGUUAAAGGUGGAUCAACUGAAGCCGGAACUCAGAGUUUAUAUUUAGACAGAAGGGUGUAGUACAGUAACUCGUCAGUAUAAUAUAGCUUUUUUAACUACAUGCAUAUUUAGAAGGUUAAGCUCCCGAUAUGAUGACCGAUAUGGAAGCGAGUCUGUCCGUGUCACUCGAUUUGUCCUCAGUAGUCGAGGAAGCCUUGCGUUCUGCAGUUUGCUCGGUGCUCUCGGAGAUCCAGAGGCUGAUCGGCAAAGAUGUGGCCGAGCUGCGAGCGGCCGUGGCCAGGAAGGACUGCGAGAACAAGGAGCUGCGAGCCCAGCUGGAGUCGGCCAGGCGGGAGCUGCAGGAGCAGGCGAGGGUCAGGCAGAGGUACCGCCGACACGGCGGCGUGGCGAAACCCUGUGACCUGGAUGAAAGUGAUCGCUCAUGCACGUCGCGGCCGGACACGCAUCGUGUCACACAUGGGGGUGCAAGUCAUUUGUACCUCGGUCAUGGCUCGCUGGCGUUCAGUCAUAACUGGGACCAAGUUACACGGCAUGACUUUACAGACCGGUUGGAAAACCUUAAACAGGAUCUGACUCUAGAAGCAGACUACAGUGUAGACACGGCCGAAUCAGAGCCUGAUUUGGUCUCUGGCCCUGAAUCUCUGGUGACUAACCCCACACUGAGGAAGAAUGAGGACAGCGACCUGGACAAUGCCAGUGCUGCUAUGGAUCUCAGAGUCGUUGAGGUGAAGGAGGAGGUUGCACCCAGCCAGGGGCUGUCUGCUGCAGUAGAAUCUGCUGGCUCCACAAGGCCGAAGCCUUACAUUUGUGGUGAUUGUGGAAAAAGUUACCUCUGGCUAAAGAACUUGAAGAAGCACCAGAAGAUCCACACAGGUGAGGCACCAUUCAGCUGCAAGAUCUGCUGCAGGCUCUUCUCCUCGCAGCAGGUGUUAGAAGAGCACCAGCGUGUGCACACGGGCGAGCGGCCGCACCGAUGCACCUCCUGCCCGAAGACUUUCAACCAUCUGUCAAACCUCAAGAAGCACCAGCUGAUCCACACCGGGGAGAAGCCGCACCAUUGCAGCCUCUGCGGGAAGCGCUUUAGACAGAUCCAGCACCUCAAGGAGCACCGCAAGACCCACGAGGACAGCAAGCCUUUCCGUUGCUGGGAGUGCGGUUGGGGCUUCAACCAUGGUUCCAACUUCAAGCGGCACCUGCUUGUCCAUACCCGACAGAAGAUGCGCCACGGCCUGGCCACCUGAGCCGUCCGGAGGUUUUGUUGCCAUUGUUGUUGCCAUUGUUGUUGCCAUUGUUGUUUUUUAAGUGGUUCCAGGUAAAGUCACCUUCAUAUUCUCUGGAACACAUCCAUUGUCUGAAAUCAUUUAAUAUUAAAGAACAUCCUCACAGCUGAUAAUGUGCUAAAAUUAUUGCCUUAUUUUUAGAGUGAAUGCUUAAUGCUAGAGGACAUCAGUUAGACAGCUAGUGGCAAGACCUAAAAGAGGAAGUAAAAGCAUUUCAUUUAUCGCUAACAGUAAUAUAAUAUGUUAAUGACUGAUAUAUUUUAAUUUGAUAAGAUUCUUCAUAAACUUGAAAAAGAAAAUGGAUUUAUGUUCGAUACUGAAUUUGAUUUCCUGCAUGCUUCAUGUUUACACCAAAUAAUGCAACACAUAUAUCUACUUCCUGCUCUGCAAUGAACUAGGCAUAUUUCGUAAAAUUGCAGGAAAUAUUUAAAAACAGAUUCUUUACCUGAAAUCUGGUGCAGUCCAACUUGUGAUACCACAUUUUUAAUGCUCCAUUUUCAAGAAUACAGUCAAGAUAUAUUUAUGAUAUAAACUUCGCAGUAAAAUAGUGAUGUGGGGAAAAUCCAGCUGUCAUAGUUUACUACUAGAUUUAUAUGGGUAUAUUUGUGAAAAAAAAAUUUGCUGAAAUAUUUUUAUAGAGAAAUGUGCUUCAUUCAUUUAAAAUGUUUUUAACUUAUUGUAACUUGUUAAGUGAAUAUUGACAGAAUUUUGUGUGUGGGGUAGAACUGUAGUUCAAACACAUAACAUCUAAGUUGGCGGUCUCCAUCAUUUUGUUUUUUUUUUACAGUGAGAGCUACUUUUACAAAUGAGUAUAUUUUGCCGAUGGGAGGGAUGGGGUGGCUUAUGCAUGAAGUUAAUGGUCUAGUUGUUGCAUUCAACUAGACAUGUCUUUGAGAUCAACAAUCACCCAGUUGGCGACCACUAAUCUAAACGAAUUCUCCCUAAUUUAUGACCAAACGUGUUUUGAGUGCUGGUUGUUCAUUGAUGGUGAAACCUGUCAUACAUCUUAUUAUCUGGGUUUCCAACCAGGCUUGGUUGUGAAAAGAGAAAUGAGUGCAGUUUGCAUGCGAGAGUCUGUGCUGGUGAAGCGCUGUCCAGGCGGCAGACGGGCUGGACGUGUGACCCCCCCCCCCCAGUGCCCC